AUGUCUUCUGUUCAAUUGACUACAAUUGAUAAUUUUAAAGAAUUUGUUAUUGAAUCAAUAUCACAAAACUUUAAAGAACAAUUGUCGUUUUUGGAUAAAAUUCCAGAAAAAGAAUUCGAAAAAAAUUACUUUGAAGAAAAUAUAAAAGGACAAUCGAGAAAUUUAAAACGAAAAAAAUUAGUGAUUAUGAAGAGUCAACGCCAAUUAGUCAAGAACCAAUUACUUCGUCAACGAAUUAGAUUUACAACAUCACAAUUUUCUCCCUAUUAUGAAACGACUAAUAAUAACGGCAACGACAGCAACGAUAAUAGCGACAAUAAUAAAAGCACGUACUCAAUUGAAGCCAUAUCACGUGCUAAAAACACUAUAGCAUUUUUUAGAGCUUUAAAUUCAGGAUGUUUUCGUAAUUUGGAUCCAAAUAUAAAUUCAAAUGUUGAAGAAGUGCGUUCUGACCUUCUAAGCCUAUCCAUGGUUUCCUAUCAUCGAGAAAAAUAA